GGACCUUCAAGUCGGCACAUGAGCUUUAAAAAGCAAAGGAAAUGUUCCAGGCUGGAGCAUCAUGAAGGAGAUCAUCCGCUUGGUAACAGUGAUGAAAAGCCUCCCAUGGAAAAUGGUGACAUUGUUCUAACAAACAUGGUGAGUGUGACGAUAUUGCAUUGUUUUAGCAUCCAUCUAGAUUUUAGCAUUUACACGUGCAAACUCAGGCUUACUUUGUAACAGUUUAGUGUCAUGGCCGCUCAUGAGCUCACUAUGUUCUUAUUUUUAUUCAAGUUGAUGUUUAAGAAUGUGAGCGAAUUCUUUACAUGGCAUCAGAAGUUGGAUACAAAAAGUGUAGAAGUGUAGAAUACAAAUCAAAUGUUGAUUUAAUUGGAGGAUAUAAUUAUUAAUAAUAAAUUUAAUAAUAUACUGAUCCACCAACCAUGAUCAAGGUUCAUGGUACACCAAUCACUAACAACCACGAUGAACAAAAUCAUAGUCCCACUCAGUAAAUCAACACUGUUGGUUGAUGAAACCCUGUACUUGAUCAAAAUGUCACGAGCAAUGUCUAAGUGACUAUUAUAAGACAAACAAUAAGUAAAAACCCUUUAUAAUAAAAGUAAUCAUAAAGGAUAUACCUCUGUACUUCAGAAAUAACACUUUUAUAAGGUGUUGUAUAUUAUCUUUUUUACAUGUAUAUGUGGUGUCAUACUCCAGUGCUUCUGGUGAAAAUUAAGGAUCAUUAAAAAAGUCAAAUUGCCAAUUUGUUUUAAACUUUGGUUCCAGUACCACAGGGCAAUCAGAAAAAUAUUUAUCUUUCAGCUGAAGGGAUUAAUAAUAUUGUUAUGAUUUUUUUUGGUCAAUAAUCUGGUCCAUAAUCUUGAAAUUUAUGAUCCUGAAUUAAAUAUAAAGAAGUCUGAUGCAGUGACAUAAGGAGUCUGACAUUCUAAAUUGACUGAAUGUUUUGACUUAAUAAAGUACAUGUUUAAAAGCAAUUUUAAAUUUAAAAUUUCUGUAAUAUCCAGCUUGAUAUUAGAAUAAUUUAUGUACCAUUAAAAAAAAUUUAUAGCUAAAGUUCUGUCCAUGUUUUUUUAAAUGUUACAGUUAUAUGCAAUGAUAUUAAUCAAUGACGUAAAAUUGGUAAUUUAAGUUAAUGUUAUAACGUUGGUCUUCUGUCACAAAAGGAUGGUUCCGUAAAGAAUUUUAGUAGCAGCAGCAUUACAAGUCCUUCUUGUACAUUACAUUCCCACUGUGUUUAUGAACAUGUAUCUGGUACAGAUACUGAUGAUGGUGAAUAUGAGGUAAUUAAUGUUAAGAACAAUAAUACUGAUAUUAAUUUGAAUGUCAUUAUUAAAAAGGUGGCAUAAACGUGUAACUGGUAUUUAAGCAUCAAUAAACUGAAAUAAUCAAAGAUCAACAGAAGUAACUUAUAAACAUCAAUUUUCUUCGAGUCAUUCAUGUUUUAUUGGCCAGUUGCUUAUCAGUUCUGAACAAUUAAUUCUCCCAUGUCUGUGUGAAAGAUUACAAUGUAGUCUAUCUGUGAUAUUCAAAUGAAUAAUUUCAGUGAACCAUUAAUUUCCUUUAGUUUCUGCAAUACUAGAUGUAACACUAAAUUGUAGUAAACGAGCAAAUUGUCAGUAAUUAUUUGAAAUUCAGAAACACCAACAAAGAAUGAUUAAAAAGCAUAUCUGUGCAGGAAACAGACAUUGUUAAUGACUUUGAAACAUAUGUAUCAUGUGAAUUUAUGUAACGAUGAGCCACUUGAACAGCAGAUUCUCAUAAUUUUUUUUUUGUUUAAGUAACUUUUUCAUUCCAUAAUUUGCAACCCACUACUAAUACACCAGACAGACCUGGAGCACCAAGGGACAUGUUGUAGUUUUUUAUACUUUUUGUUCUUUUUGCGUCUGUGUUACAAUAACCAGCCUCAUAUCUCUAGCUCCAUAUAUGAAAGAGCUCAAAGGUUUUUGGAGCUGGCAACAUUAUUCACAGCUGCAAAUCACAAAAAAGUGACCAGAACUGAAAGAGUCCUUUUUUUAUUUUCUUUGUUUUUAUUGAAAAUUUCUAAAAUCUGAACUGAGAGUUUGUAAUAUUCUAAGAAAGCAAAUUUCUUAAUCUUGAACAGGAUAUCAAAGAUGGUUUUGAAGAACCCAAAGACAGAGUUCCCCAAGGUCAUCAAAAUACAACAAAUAAUCGCAAGAAAAGCCUUCAACGCAGCUUAUCACGCCGCUCCGUUUUCAGGGAUGAAUUAGAAAAAGAAAAGCCAUCAUUCAAAACUAUUUCCACUGUGGCAUGGAUGAUAAUCAUUGGAGAUACUCUCCAUAACAUCAGUGAUGGAUUGGCCAUUGGUGCCGCUUUCGCAGAAGGUGGUAGCUCGGGUGUUUCUGGUGGAAUCAGUACUUCU